AAAUGAAAAGACCAGAAGAGACGUUGUCCCCGCUGCAUAGAGGCGGCUGUGAGCCCCGACAGAGCCGGGUGGGGACGCGGCGGUCUUGCUCCCGGCCCCACGUUUCCCACAGGUCGGUGGCGGAGGCCGCGCCGAUGAACUCGCCUGAGGGCUGUGUGGUCUUUGAGGACGUCGCCGUUUAUUUCUCCCAAGAGGAGUGGGACCUCCUUGAUGAGGCUCAGAGACGCCUGUACCGUCAUGUGAUGCUGGAGAUUGUUACACAUUUGUCCUCCGUAGGUUGUUGGCAUGGAGCUCAGGAUGAAGAGGCACCUUUUGAGCAAGGUUUUUCUGUGGGAUUGUCACAUGUCAGGACUCCAGAGCCAGGUUCAUCCACCCAGAAGGCCCAGCCACGUGAUAGAUGUGCCUCACUCUUGAAAGACAUUUUGCACCUGGCUGAGCAUGAUGGGACACACCCCGAUCAAGGGCUGUACACUUAUGGGACAAGGCUGCACCAGUAUCCAAAGAAGCAGAUUAGAGAUAAACUUUCCAUAAAGGACAGUGAGAACUCUUCAUUUGUCACAGACCAUGGAGUUCCCAUGACAGAGAGGACCUCGACAUGCACUGAAGGUAGGAAGUGCUUGCCAACCAGCCCAGUCCUUCUCCAGCCCCCGGCCCCUCACAGUGAGGGGAACCCACACAGGGAGACCGAUUGCGAGGAGGCCUUUGAAAGUGGAAAAAAUGAUUACAAGUUCAGUCAGCGUAGAAAAGCCUUCAGCCAUAAACAGAUACUUGUGGAGCACCAGAAAGUCCACACUGGAGAUGGACCUUAUGAGUGCAGUGAAAGUGGGACAUUGUUUAGGCACAACUCUGACCUCAGUAAACAUCAGACAAAGCACACUAAAGAAAACAGUUUUAAGUGUAGGCAGUGUGGGAAAUUAUUUAGGUACAACUCCAAACUUAUUAAACAUCAGAGAAUUCACACUAGAGAAAGGCCUUAUGAGUGCAGAGAAUGCGGAAAAGUCUUUAUAUACAACUCCAGUCUUAUUAAACAUCAGAUGAUUCACGCUGGAGAAAGGCCUUAUGAGUGCAGUGAAUGUGGAAAAAUCUUUAUAUACAACUCCAGUCUCAUUAAACAUCAGAUAAUUCAUACUGGAGAAAGGCCUUACGAGUGCAGAGAAUGCGGGAAAGCCUUUACAUACAACUCCAACCUCAUUAAACAUCAGAGAAUUCACAGAGAAAGGCCUUAUGAGUGCAGAGAUUGCGGGAAAGUCUUUAUAUACAACUCCAGUCUCCUUAAACAUCAGAUAAUUCACACUGGAGAAAGGCCUUAUGAGUGCAGUGAAUGUGGUAAAGUCUUUCUAUACAAUUCCAGUCUCAUUAAACAUCAGAUAAUUCAUACUGGAGAAAGGCCUUAUGAGUGCAGGGAAUGCGGAAAAGUUUUUACAGACAACUCCAAUCUUAUUAAACAUCGGAGAAUUCACACUAGAGAAAGGCCUUAUGAGUGCAGAGAAUGCGGGAAACUCUUUACGUACAACUCCAAUCUCAUUAAACAUCGGAGACUUCACACUGGAGAAAGGCCUUAUGAUUCUGGUGAAUGUGGGAAAGUCAUUACAGAGAACUCCAGUCUCAUUAAACAUCAGAGAAUUCACACUAGAGGAAGGUCUUGUAAGUGCAGAGAGUGCGGGAAAGUCUUUACAUGCAACUCCAGUCUCAUUAAACAUCAGAGAAGUCACUCUGGAGAAAGACCUUAUGAGUGCAGUGAAUGUGGGAAAAUGUUUCCAUACAACUCCAGUCUCCUUAAACAUCAGAGAAUUCACGCUCAAGAAAGGCCUUCUGAGUGCAGAGACUGCGGGAAAGUCUUUAUGUGCAACUCCAGUCUCAAUAAACAUCAGAGAAUUCACACUGGAGAAAGGCCUUUUAAGUGCAGUGAAUGCGGGAAACUCUUUACAUACAACUCCAAUCUCAUUAAACAUCAGAGAAUUCACACUGGAGAAAUGCCUUAUGAGUGCAGUGAAUGUGGAAAAGUCUUUACAGACAACUGCAGUCUUAUUAACCAUCAGAGAAUUCACACUGGAGAAAGGCCUUAUGGGUGCAGUGAAUGUGGGAAAGUCUUUACAUACAAAUCCAAUCUUAUUACACAUCGGAGAAUUCACACUGGAGAAAUGCCUUACGCGUGCAGUGAAUGUGGGAAGACCUUCAUUAGAAAGUUCCAACUCCUUCAGCAUCAGACACUCCACACUGGAGAACGGCCUUAUGAGUGCAGUGAAUGUGGUAAAGCUUUCCACAGCAAUAUUACACUUGUUGGGCAUCAGAAAACCCACACUGCAGAAAAGUCUUAUGAGUGUAGGGAAUGUGGGAUAUUCUUUACGUGCAACUCCUACCUCAUUAAACAUCGGAGAGUUCACAGUGGAGAAAAGCCUUAUAAGUGCAGUGAAUGUGGGAAGGCCUUCUUCUUCAAAUGUAUGCUUGUUGAGCAUCAGAAAAUCCACUCUGGAGAAAGGCCUUAUCACUGCACUGUAUGUGGAAAGGCUUUUCUUAGAAAGCUUCAACUUGUUUAUCACCAGAGAAUGCACACUGGAGAAAGGCCUUAUGAGUGCAGUGAAUGUGGGAAAUCCUAUAGCUGUAACUCCAGCCUCAAUAAACAUCGGAAAAUUCACGCUGGAGAAAGGCCUUAUGUGUGUGGUGAAUGUGGGAAAGCUUUCAUCCUCAAAUAUAAACUUAUUGAGCACCAGAAAAUCCACAGUAGAUAAAAGCCUUAUGAGCGCAGUGAAUGUGGGAA